GAGAAGAAGAGGAAGAAGGAAAAAUUUGUCCACCUCGAUCGUGCUCUCAUAGGUUGUGUUAUUUCCUUCUUUCUGCAAUCCAGCUACGAUGUGCUAUUUUUCUCUCACCGCGAUCCCAAAUCUCCGAAAUUGGCGAUGAUGCGGCAAGCUUGCCAUAGAAGGUGGGUCGUUUGACGUCUGGUUGGAUAGAUCAAACCACAAAGAGAAGGGAAGACGUGAACGACGAAGAUGGUGCGAUGGGAAGGUCGGCCUUGGGCACCGGUGAUGGUUUCAGCGACGAGCUGUAAAGCCUUUUCAUAUUGCAUAUUGUAUUUUUUGGGAUUCUUUGCUUGCCUUGAAUUUAUAUUACUUAUC